AUGGGCCACAUAGAAGAAGUGUGUAAGAGCAAUUUAGGCAAUCUUGCAGAGGAACCAAUUUCUGAAGAUAUUGAUGGACAACAAAGUGUAAGACUCGAUGAAUUUGAAGCAUUUACAGAUGAUUAUUCAACUUAUGUUGAAUUUGAUGUUGAGUACAGUGUACCGAAUGGUGAAGACAAUCAAGUAGAAAUGGAAAUUCUCGAGGGCAUGGUAAGUGAUGAUAGUGGAGAUGCUUUCUAUAGUGAGAAUGAAGAUGGUUUUGAUUAUAGUGCAGAUGAUUAUGAUGAUAGUGACUACAUUGUACAUGAGUCUAACAUGCAAUUUGAUGUGGAUGUAGACAUGAGUGAAUUCCAAAGUCAUGUGGAUGUAGAUGAACAUGGAAUUUUAAACAAGCAAACUGAAAGUAUAGGUAAUGACAUAGUUGAUGAAGAGUUGAAAGUUAUUCAAAGUGAUGAUUAUCAGUAUGCAGGAUUUAAUGAAGAUGAAAGGACAAAAAUGCUUAAGGAGUUGAGUAGGUCAACUCCAUGCUCACAUGGGGAGAUCCAUUUAAAACCAUAUAGGGUGGCGCAGUGUUGCAAAACAAAGAAGGAAGUUGUGGACUACAUGCAAGCACAUGCUGUAAAUACAAGGAGGUCCCUAUACUUAGCAAAAAAUGAUAAAAUCAGGAUUAAGGUCAAAUGUGGAGGUGUUGUGGGCCAAUCUACUGAAACAGUUCAAUGUGGUAGGCCAUCAACAAGAAGUAAGUUCCACAGUUCUGCACUUGCAAUUGCAACCCUCUCUUCUAAUCGAUUCAUUGAUCUUAUUAAACCUGGAAUCACCACCAAUGCCCUUGCACACAUCGGAGGGUCAACCCACCUUACGAACCCACAUCUUGAACAAUUCAAAAAUUACCUUCCUGGGUUACGAUCCGUCCAUGAGGUCAACUUCGUUGUUUCCAUUCCACAUCUACAAAUCGCCAUCUUCGACACUCGCAGAAAUCGUUUUGGAAUUCGAUGCACAGUAGAAAAGGGGAAAAAUGUGAACCCGAGAAACAAGCUGAAAAUCGAUUCUAGUGAGGCUUCUAAGUUACCGUCUGGUCCUCUGAAAGCUAAAUCAGUCACUGUUCUUGUCAAUAAGUUUGAAUUAGAAGUGAAAUCUUAUGUGAUAAAAGGAUCGAGUGACGUGAGUAAAUCUGAAGGCCCUAGGUCUAGAGUGAAUUUGGUGGAUUCCCUUUUGGAUGCUAGAUGUGAUGCGAUUUCUAUUAAGAAUAAGGGUUUGGGAUUGUCGAAUGGUUCUGAGGGUGCUGUGAUGGGAUCGAAGAUUUCUUCUAAAGUGGUUAUGGCUGAUAUCGCUGGUUCUCCAAUGGUUAAUCAUGUCAUUCGCAAUCCCAUUAAGGAGGAUGGAGUGAUAGAAGGUUUGAGCUCCCUUUGUGCUUGA